AUGACUUCCUCCAUGUCGACCAUCCUCCUCUUCGGGGGCACCGGUGGAAUCGGUGAAUCUUUUGCUCGAGCCUUCCACGGCAUGGGCAAGAAAGUUAUCAUCACCGGCCGCCGUGAGUCUCGCCUCGCAGCGCUGGCCAAGGCGCUACCAGGUCUCGAAACGUACACCAUGGACAACAGUGAUCUGGCCGCUCUCCCCAGCCACGUCAAGACCAUCCUCUCCAAGUAUCCUGACAUUGACACGGUCUGGGUCAACUCUGGGAUCCAAUACCAGGGUAAUUUCUUGUCCCUCGACAACUUCUCCGACGAGAAAAUCAUCAAAGAGACCAACACCAACAUGACUGCUCCCAUGAUCCUGGCUCGCCAUUUCAUCCCGCAUCUGUUGUCUCUGGGCCGCGAGGGCACCUUCAUGAUCACCUCUUCUGGCCUCGGAUAUGUUCCCAUGGCCUUGUUCCCAGUCUAUUGCCCCACCAAAGCUGCGAUCCACUCUUUCCUGGUCGGACUCAGAGAGAGCCUCAAUGGCACCAACGUCAACGUCAUUGAAAUUGCUCCGCCGUACGUGCGAACAGAUCUCGACGCCGAGAACCGGAUGGACAAGCUCGCGACGCCAAUGGAGUUGGAUGAAUACACGAACAAGACGCUGGAAGUACUGCAGAAGCCGGCAAAGGAGAUCAAGGAGGCGGGCGUUGGUUUUGCAGAAAUGGUGUCUAAGAAAUGGAGAGAGGCGUACAAUCCGUUCCUUCACAUGAGACAUUCGCAAGGGUGA